UGUGAAUCUGUGUGCAUCUAACCAUUCCGAACACGAUUGCGUCGAGAGUUGUGUUUUAAAGGUGUGUUUAUGGCAUUGCUCAUUUGGGCGUGGGGUUAAAUACUAUGGAGUUUCUAAAACCAACCCCGUUCAACUGUUUAAAGUUGUUUUUGGCCCAUUUGCCAAAAAUAGAAGUAGCGCUAAAUUGGUUGACACAACUUUUGAGGGAAGAAAUAAAAAGGUUUACAGCUCCAGUACUUUUUUCGAUAAUUUAGAUUUGUCCGAACAAGCAUACGUGCACCUCAACUAUUUUUACGGGGACCAAUUCCACUGUCCAUUAGCGGUAGUCCAAUUAAAGCCGGGAAAAAGUCCCUUAGAAGCUGGGCCCAUAAGUGUUUAUAGCACCUGAGAAGUUUUGAACUGAGUUAAAGCCGCAGGAAACACCUGGUCACUACUUAACCAAUAAUAAACAGACUGAUCGCUGUGUAAGUUGUGUAUACCAUGGGAUUAGGAAUAUCAUGAAGUAUAAUUUACAGGAUCCUAUUCCAUGUUGUUAAUGGCUUGGACCACUACUUUUGCAGAUUUGGUAAUUUUAUUCAUAGCAUGAUCAUUUCUCACUCUAACCUCUUCCAUGGAGAUAAGUUAGCCCACUUUCAUGGAUAUGGUUUCCUACAACUGCAACACUAUCCCAUUGUCAAACUGUGCAACUAACUAGGUUCCCGCAAAUAACUUAAUCAACCCCACCCCCACCUUCGUUAACUACUUCCUUUUCUGUACUUUGGUAGUUUCGUUAUAUGCCAUAACUACCACAAACAAACCUUGGGUUUAGAAACUCCAUUGGAGCUUACAAAAAUACUCUAAUGCAUGUGUGCACUUGUUCAUGUACAUUCAAUUGACUCGGAGAACCUAAUAGGCAACAUUAAUGGAAAAAAGACAUGCAGAACACUUUAGACAAAGUUGAUGAAAGCACAAGGAGAUAGGACCUAAAGAUAAAGGAAAUGGCAGAAGCAGAUCUCUAUACCAUUGUAAAGGUUGCUCGCAAUGAGGACCUGACGGAGCAGAUUGGAAGGGAUAGAUAUUUUGACCUUGUGGAUCAUAACAAAGUUCGUAGUUUCCGUAUUAAGAGAUGGACGCCUUUCAACCUUUUUAAGGAGGAAGUUGCCAAAGAGUUUGGCAUACCUGUACAAUUUCAACGUUUCUGGUUAUGGGCAAAGCGCAAAAACAAUACAUACCGUCCACAUUGGCAUGUGACACCACAACUGGAAGCUCGACCUGUUGGACGUUUGAGAGCACCCGAGGCAAAUGAUGCAGAGUUGAAUUUGUUUUUGGAAGUGGAACGUAGUAGACAGGGUCUGCCAAAGAUUCCUCCAACUGUUUGUAGUGACGAUAUUCUUCUUUUUUUCAAACUUUAUGACCCUUUGAAAGAGGAGCUCAGCUAUGUUGGGCGAUUGUAUGUCAAGGCCAGUGGAAUGCCAGUGGAAAUCUUGGCAAAGAUUAAUGGGUUGGCUGGAUUUGCUCCUGAUGAAGAUAUUCAACUCUUUGAAGAAAUAAAAUUUGAACCAAGUGUCAUGUGUGAACCCGUGGACAAGAUGGUCACUUUCCGUGGUAGUCAGCUUCAAGAUGGUGACAUCGUUUGCUUUCAGAAAUCACCUCAAGUUGAAAGUAGCGGACAAUGUGGGCAUCCUGAUGUUCCUUCAUUUCUGAAAUAUGUGCAUCAUCAUCAGAUCAAACCUGAGCAUCACAGCAAAUAUUGGUAUGUUCAUGCUUAUAUUGGAGAAAAUAUUUAUUCCAAGCUAACGCUGUGUCGAAUUUGUUCUGAGCCAAAACCGAUAGAAAGGGGCCAAGGCACCGAUUCUGGUGGUUCAACCCUGCAGACUCGCUCUGCCAACAUUUCAGAUGGCAAAGUCAGAUUUUUGGCAUAUUGGGUUUCUUCCGAGGCGUCUCUUUUACUUGAAAGGAUCCACAGCACUUACAAGGACACUUUCACUAAAUUCUCAAUGAAAGGUCAAAAACUGCCGACUGUACUACUUGAGUCGUUCGCCUCGUUCGUUGAAUCAAUGUCUACGACUAAGGUCAAUGAAGUGCAAGAGGAUGUACUGAAGCAGGCCACCCUUUCAAUCGAGGACUUUGAGCAAGUUGGGCUGGAGUUGUCGUGGUUGAAGAAGAGGUUGGAGGAAGCAAAAAAGGCUAAUAAACAAGCGGAAUCUCUUGUCUAUGUGGACUUGUGCGAAACUGCUCUGAAGGUGGGUAGAGCUAAGGUUCGUGAACUCGAAGAAGGGUUAGUCAGGGCCAAGGCGGAACUGGAGGAUUGUUCAACGGACUUACCAAACUCACUAGCAGUAAAUGAUUAUCUACUUCUGGACGUUGUGUAAAAAUGGAAACGUUUUCGUGACGGUAUCGUUUAGGUCUUUAGUGUCCUAAAUUUACAACUCUGUUUACCGCACAAAUCUUUGCGCGUCCAAGAUAGGUUGGCAAUCUCUUGUUACAUCUUUCGUGUAAUUAACUGGAUUCUGCAUCAGGUUAGUAAGGCCGAGUUUCUUUACGCGGUGCCCCACCUCACUGGGUCCAAAUAGAUGGUACCAGCUUCUGAAGGGAGAUGCCAUGCAUUGGUUAUCGUUUUAAACGUCUUGCGAACGACUGCUCGUUGGAUGGUGGUUGGUAAGAUGGAAACAGUCUCAAGAUGCUAUUUUUCACUGUUAAUAUAUCUUAACAGAUUGAUGAAUAGGUUUUUUUAUAAUUUCUGUUUAAGAUUGGAAAUUCAUGAGAAGAUUUUUUCAUAGUUUCUCAUACGAUUUAUUUUAUCUACGUGUUCAUGGGUUUCAAAAAGCAA